AUGGCCCGCUUCUACCCACCCAAUACGAAUCGCAUUUGCUUCCCCCCCGAGCGGCCUCCGAGUCCACCUAUCCAAGGAGAGGGUGUUUUGAUAACCAAUCGCACAAUUUUCCCUCGCAAUCCAGACGCCGAUACUCAGACUUGUCAAGCCGAUGACCAGGGGUCUGAAAGUGUCCUGGAUCAAUCGCUGAACCUCUCUCCCAUCACGAGAGAUAUACUGCCACCCCGAGCGUUGACUCCCUAUUUCCCCUUCAAGAGCGUUGAAGAUUCCAGGCGACCGAAGCCCCCACAACCCCGUGGUCCUGUUGGCAAGCCAGGUUCCGGGGGUUAUUCGUUGCCAGAUACGCUUAAAUGGGACCCUCAAUCGUAUCGGGACGUUCAGAACGCCUUGCACAGAAUCGCAAAUGCGGUGACCUUGUUUCCCUUCCUCAAGCUUUACGAGCGUGCAUGGCCUGCACAAGGCUUCGCGGAAACCUACUUAAAGAACAGGGUCAACACACUGUCCCAGUCACCGUGA